AUGAGUCGCCUGCCGCCGUCCAGUGUCGCCCGCUCGCUGUCCCAACCCCGACAGGGUUAUUUUCGCGCCCCGUCUGAUGAGAGAAAGGUCGAUUUGUCGCGACAACCCACGCAAAAGGCCCAGCCUGAGGUCGAAGAGCCCAAGUACCGCCCGGUGUCCGAAUAUCCCCGCUUCAGCUCCAUCUCCCACGCAAGUACCGAUAUGAGCAACGAUGACAGUGCCACGCCUCGCUCAACCAUCCUUCACUCGGGCUCGGUCCUAUACGGGAUACCCCGGGCGGAGUCCCCGGAAGAGGAUCUGUCGCUUGCAGGCGUUGCAGAGGAAUCACCCGUCGGGGUGGCCCUGACGCAUCCGUCUCGCGAGUCUUCGACUGACUCCGCAUCGCGGCUUCAUAUUCCGCGGACUCUGGCCCCGCCCGGCUCGCCGUACUCGCGUCCGCCGAGUAGCGCCCGGGUGGCACAUACAGAGAGUUCCGACGACGACUACAGCAGCUCCAAUGCUGGAUCAACUUUCUCCAAACCACGCAAGCUGUCAUCCGGAAGUGCCGUGUCAUUGCCCUAUUCGCCCAUGUCGACCUUCCCCCCUCGACCCCACCCCCGGUCGCCUUCUUUGAGCUCGGAAACAUCUACCACCGGGCCUGGCUAUCUCGCCAGGCCUUCGUUUAAUUUCUCCCGGCCGCUGAGCCGAUCAAGCACUAGCUUAUCUGCUCCCGGUGCUUCGGCGCAGUCAGAGUCGACCGUCACCUCGCAGCCGAACCACAUGCAUCGAGCCAGCAAGCCAGCUCCCAUUCUCGUGCCCCUGGCUACCGAGGAGGCUGCGGCGACCGCACCGGGCGAAGGCGAGCCGUCCUCGGCCGUGUCAUCUUAUGUAUAUGCCAAGUACGCGCUUCCGCGCGGUCGGGGAGUUUCGAGAGACUCGAUCGUCUUUGCGGGCCUGCAGACGCCGCAUUUUGAGUGGAAAGAGCCCCUCUUUGAGAACUCCCCUCCACGGCACUCGGAAGAUCCUUUGCGGACGGCGCGAACACCCUCUCCGUCCCCACGCCGCGAAUUGGAGCACUCGCCGAAGCCACAUUCGAUGCACGAAGUUCCGGCUUCCCAACCCCGCAAGAGGAGUCCGGGCCCGACACUUUCCCCGAAGCCCUCUGCCGCCGCACCACCUGUACCAUCAGCAGAGGUUGCCCCGCGUCGCUCAGCCGAAACCGCCCCGCGGAAAAGUCAUGAGAAAGAUGAGACGGUCUCAUCCGCUGACUCGGCAAGCACGUUGCGCCCACAAACCGCCGGUACCCAAACGCAGUCUACUACACUCACGGCGGAAGAUCAUGUCGCCAAGGGAAUCGAGUGCCAUGAGAAGGGAUCGGUAAACGAGUCGACGUACCACCUGCGGAUUGCGGCCAAGCAGAAUCAUCCGACCGGAAUGUUGCUGUACGCGCUCGCAUGUCGCCAUGGUUGGGGUAUGCGACCGAAUCAGCGCGAAGGCGUGCGAUGGUUACGCAAGGCCGUGGACUCGGUUGGAUUGGAAAUGCUUGAGAAUCCGGAUGCCCCUGGCGCAUCAAAAGCAAAGGAGUUGCAAAAGGCCUAUCGAUCUCAAUUCGCCCUGAGCAUUUAUGAGCUCGGCGUUAGCCACUUGAACGGGUGGGGCAUUCAACAGGACAAGGGCCUGGCACUUCGCUGCUUCGAGAUUGCUGGGCAGUGGGGUGAUGUCGAUGCCAUGGCCGAGGCAGGAUUCUGCUAUGCCGAGGGUGUUGGUUGCAAGAAGGAUAUGAAGAAGGCGGCGCGCUUUUACCGCGACGCCGAAACUAAUGGUAUGAGUAUGGUUGGAAACAGCUGGAUUUACAAAGAAAAAUACAUGGCCGCGGAGGAGGCCAAUUCCCGUUCACGGGGGCGAAACGCCAGCAGCGAGAAGAAACCGCGCAGCAAGUCGCGGACUCGCAGCAUCUUUCAAAGGAAGAAAUCGAUUGUCCCGGAGGCAUAG